UAAAACACUUUAUUUACUUUAACGUCAUCUCCUCGUGUCCAUGUCCGUGCACGCGCCGGACUCCAGGCUCGCUCCCGACAAGGUUUCGCCAUGAGCUCUGAUUGGCCGAGGAUUCCACCCAGACGGUAGGGUCCGGUACGCAUGCGCAGUAGCGGAGGGAGGGGGAGCGUGUUUGUAAAGUUGUGUAGUUUAGUUUAGAGUCCGACUGAAGAAAAUAUUAGAAACGUUUAUGUGCUAGAGGACCCCUCAACGGACAGACAGACCAACGGCCGGACAGGCAGGCAGACAGGCAGGCAGAGAAACCCUGACAUCCAGGUAGAGACACCGGGAGGUCGCAGCGCUCCACGCCGGCCCGAGGAGCCUCAUCGCCGGCAUGAAGUUGGAGUUCGCCCCGCUGAACGUCCCGGUGCGGAGGAGGCUGCAGACCGCUGCGACGCUGCAGUGGGUCUUCUCCUUCCUGGCUCUAGCUCAGUGCUGUCUAGCUGCCUUCGUGCUCUUGGCUCUCUCUGAUUGGUGGAUCGUGGCCCUGCUGUAUGCUGGUUGGCUGUGGCUGGACUGGGACACGCCCACCUGUGGAGGUCGCAGGUCACAGUGGGUCAGAAGCUGGGGCAUCUGGGAGUUCUUCAGGGACUACUUCCCUCUGACGCUCAUUAAAUCUGUCGAUUUGGAUCCAAAGAAAAACUACAUCUUUGGAUUUCAUCCACAUGGUGUGCCGGUAGCUGUGUUGACCUGUCUCGCUCUACCUGUCUGUCCCUCAGGUGUGCUGGUAGCUGGGGCCUUUGGUAACUUCUGUACGGAGGCGACAGGUUUCUCUCGUCUGUUUCCUGGACUCAGGUCUCACCUUCUGAUGCUGCCGUUCUGGUUCAGAGUUCCUCUCUUCAGAGAUUACAUCAUGUAUGGAGGUAAACACCUGUCUGUCUCUCAUCAUGUGUGGAGGUAAACACCUGUCUGUCUCUCUGUCUGCUUGUGUGUCUCAGAGACAGACCAACACGUUGGUGGUUUUCAGUAUUAAUAUUAUGUUGUCAUUAAUAAUAAUACUAUUAAAUAGUAACAGCAGAUGAAAUAGAUGUAGACCAGGACAGAAGAGGUUGAGGUCUGAAGGAGGUUCUGGAGGACCUGUCUGUCUCUCAGCUCUUUGUACAUCUGAGUAAACUCUGUGUUACAGUUCAGAGAAGGAGGAGGCAGAAUGCUGCUCUGUGAUUGGCUGAGAGAGCAGG